AAGCUUUUAGUCCCUAGACUCAAAUUGUUCACCAUUACAAUUUUGUAAGCAAAACAGAAAACCUCCUCAGUCUUUAACAUUGUGACUAUGUCUUCAAACAACCCUUCUCAGCUACUUCCAUCCGAGUUGAUUGAUCGUUGCAUUGGUUCAAAGAUAUGGGUAAUAAUGAAAGGUGAUAAGGAACUUGUUGGUACACUUAGAGGCUUUGAUGUUUAUGUUAACAUGGUUCUUGAAGAUGUUACUGAAUAUGAGAUCACUUCUGAAGGGCGGCGGAUAACAAAACUUGAUCAGAUAUUGCUUAAUGGAAACAAUAUUGCUAUCCUGGUUCCUGGUGGGUCACCACCUGAUGAGUGAUAAUUGCGAGCAACUUGUGCUGCUUACUGAGACUAGUUGUUGAAGAUCUCUGAGAGAAAUCGAAAAGUCAAGCAAUGUUCUCAAUAUGUAUUUUCAGUUAUUUCGUCGUAUAAUCUUAUAAUGAAUCGGCAUUGGCUAGGUCUUAGUAAAUUAUGAGUGUGUUCAGCUAUGCCCUACUUUAUAUAAUGUAGUUGCAUUAUAUUGAAAACGUUACGGUGAUGUUGCAAUGGUACUUUGACACUGAUGUUGUUAAGCUGAAUGGUAAAAUCAAUUGGAUCUUUGACAA